CGGACAUAUAUAUUUUGACGCUGUACAAGGCAAUGCAAGGGCAUGGGAAUGCCUUGACUACGGUUGAGGUAUGCCGCGUGGUCUGGGCAAGGUCCGACGGGAAUCCGUGGUGGCCAGCGUAUGUAUGCGACCCGUCAAAGCUCCGGGAUGAGCUGUACGCGCUAGGGUCCAGCCAUCGGCGAAUGCUACGAAAGGCCAAAGCUGAGCCAAACGAGUUCUUCCUUGUCUUCUACUUUGGAGCUCACCACUUUCGUCUCCACGCCCCCAACGACGGCACUCUGCAGCCGUGGAUGUGUCCACGCUACUACGAGUUUCUUCACGGUCAUUCCCAAUUCAAGCGAGGUCCAUUGAAAGAUGCAUUUCGGGAAGCUAUCCGUGAAGCAAAGGACUUCGUCGCCGCGAACGAGGAAACGAGACUGUUGCCGCGAAUGGUUCCAUCAGACAUGGACUUGUCCCUUGAACCUCCGCCUUCAUCAUCGUCGCAAACGAAAAUGCAACCGUGUCAAGAUGCAAUUGUCGUCAUUGACCUGGACAACGACACCACGACGUUGACAUCCCCUGGCCAUGUGCUUACAGCAGACGACCUGCCAUUUCACUGCUUGGCGUGGAGCUACGUUGUUGGAAAGACAUGGUGGCCAGUGUACGUGUGCGACCCCGACGUCAUCGGGACGCAUGCCAAAGCUGCCGACAAACGCUCCAAGCUUCGGAAAUUGGAGGCGACGUAUGCGACUGAGAUUCGAAUCGCGCAAGCGAACGCAGGAACCCAGCGCCUGUUGUAUUUCUUUGGCAGGCACAUCAUUCGACUGCACGACACCGCUGCGUCCGUGUCUAAUACUGGAAUCAAACCAUGGGAAUGCACCGAGCACGCCAAGUACUUGGCGGGGGAUGUGGGGCUGGCUCGCAAAGACGAAGAGUAUGCACGCGCGAUGAAGGAAGUCAAGGACUAUGUAAUGGUAGCCCCGGAAACCAACCCAAACCCGCCGUACGUCCCCUCCAAGGCCUCGACGCCGUCGCCCGCGGACUCGCCACCACAGGAAGCCCCCCCCUCUCCCCCCCUUCCCCUUCCAAGCCAAUUGACAACUGAAUCCACACCGCCCACUCUACAAUCCUCCGACUCACGUUGUUCCCAUCCACCAAAUACCAACACAAAUCCUUCCGCGAACUCGUCACCUUCAUCAUCGGGGGUGUCGUCUGAACCUUCCAAGGUGGUGGAUCACAAAGCGCCGGUUUCACUCAAUGGGCUUGGAGCAGCCGUGGCCGUCGCUUCGAUCCCACAAGGGGACAACGUGAGUCCAACCUGUGGGGAGGACGGAGGUUCGUCCGUCAAGACAGAGGCACAAGCAGACGCCGCCAGCCCUGUUCGGGAGGGGGUGGCGUGGGCGUUCCUAAACGAUCAGCUCUGGUGGCCCGUGCUCGUGUGUGGGUUCAAGCUCGACGACAACACGCCAGGAAUGCUGCCUUCGGAGCCUUCGCGCAACCAAGUCGUGGACGUAUACUACUUUGGACGCAAGCACUUUGGCAACAUCGACUCGACCGUGCUCAAGCCAUGGAACGGGCCAGAGCAUACCAGUUUUAUUUACGACCAGUCGAUGCUCGAGACCAAAAGCAAAGCGUUUGUAUCGGCGUUUGCAGAUGCCGUGGCCGAGGCUGGGGACUUUGCCUCUGUGCUCCACACCCUAAGCGACCAGCCGGCCAACUCGCCCGCGACCGCCCCUCCGAUUCCGUCUGCCGAGCCCCCUCGAAAAAAGCAGGCGCUCUUGACAUUGCCGACAAGAUCAAACCAACUGAUUUCAGAAUAUGUGAUGCUGCGCAACGUCGUGCAGGCCGUGGUGCCUGCGUGGAAAGUAGCGUGUGCGACCAUGACCCUCGAAAACCUCGCGGAAUUCACCAAGUCCCUGCAAAUCGUGUUGAACCAGCUGCAUGCGAUAAUGCGCAAGAUCAUAGAUAACCCUCGGACAAUUGUGACACCGCUCGUGUUUGUGAGUACGUACCACUCGGCAGUCAUGUGUGUGUGGACGAUGGUGCUGAGUGUUUCGCUCAAGAACGCGGCGCCGGCGUCCCGCUCGGACACGCACUUCAUGCACACGUGUCUACAUUGCUUUCUCGAGAGCGUGGACGGCGUGUACAAGCCGCUCCUUCACUCCAGCGUUGUGCACCGGUGCUUACAGUUUGCCCACAUCGCAACCCAGUACGCGCGGGCUCCGCUGGCACCUGAAGUCCAACGCGCCCGCGCUUGGAUGCACGACUUCUUCCAGCUGUACUUGGCCAAGCCGCCGACGUACGACAAGUGUCGCGCCUUGGUUGCCGACACGACAAGUGGCCUGGGAAGGCUGCCGGUGCCCGUGACGCGCGAACUGGCCAAGUUGACCGCGCUUCGACACGGAUUCGAACACCCCGCGGUGGAUGUAGAGCCUGCCGCCGACAAUCAACAAGAAGCGUCGAUGUCGUUUCAUGACCAAUCGCUGGGGCUGCACAUUGGAGAAACUCAGAAUGGGCUGCGUGUGCUCGGCAUGACCCCGACCGCGCCAGAGCCAACGAAACGAGCGGUGCAAAGCGGAACCAUCCAGCGCGGCGACGUAAUUGUCGCUGUGAACAGCAUUCCCAUCGCCCAAUUCGGCGGGUUCCGCGAGCUGUGCGCCGUCGUGGCGUCCACAGCCCGCCCCAUCGUGCUCACGUUUCGACGGCGGCCGGUGCGACCUGUGACAGUGAAGCCACAAGACGCAGCAAGGCCACGCACCGCACCGCCCCAAGACGAUCCGACACUGGCCGACACACAGACGGAGAGCGCCGCUCAUCACCCGCCGCCGCCGCCCCCUUCAAACUCGUUCCUGGACACCCGUCGUCGGAUGCCACCACUGCCGACUGGCCUCCAAAGGCAGUCCAGUAUUAUUCACACCCUGGACGAACUCAACCCCGGUGCUUCUACUCACGAGGUUGCCAACGUAGCGACCAACAGUGCUCGUCGUUACGUGGACCCCCCAGCCAUUGCAGCAGAGUAUGGAGGACAUGCCACGUCACAGUUUGGCCCACAGCAGGACAGUCGGUUUGUCACGAUGGCUACACAAGGGUGCCACGAUCCCCGAGUUCGCAGAAGCGAUACCAAUCACUUCCCCGGGCCGUACAAUGUCGCCAGCUUGGAGCAGGGGUUCCAAACUACGACCCCCCUACCACCCUCAAACGUCAACACCAGCACCACAUGGAAUAUCCCCCCCCAGCCUAGUCUUCGCCCGUUCAAUACCAUGCAGUUUGCACCACCACCCGCUACCAUGUUUGACCAGGCAGCACCACCCCUGGACAUGUCGUAUUACAACCCACCUACAAACCCACCAGGGGGGUAUUUUGGGGCGCCCCCCACUUACAUGAACUACCACCAACCCAACGUCGUGUACGUGGCUGUGCCUGCUGGCCAUCCAUUGUACCAUUCCGUGCUGCAGCAAUCCAUGGCGGCAUCGUACCCUCCCCCACCCUCCUUCCCCCCCCAAUUUCAACAACACUCGCAUGCGUGGAAUCCAAACGAGUAUGCCCCGCCGUGAUAUUAAUCGUGGGUUAACUGAAUGCAAACAAUCCCUUGGUUCUAUGCACA